AUGCCAGCUGCGGAUACGGCAGGAGCUGAUGCUCCGCAGGAUGAAGCACAGCAGGCACGCGACUGGUGGGGAGCUCGGGAGCUGGAAGUGGAGAGAGAAUUGGCUUUUAGUCUGCAACGCCGCAUGGAGGCCCAGCGUGCUCAGUUGUACGCGUUCAAGACGGAGCAGAGCAAGUGGGAGCACGAGCUGCAGCUGCGUAUCUCCAAGUACGCACACGACCGCAAGCUGUUGAGCGAGCACAACGUGGAGCUUCAGGAAGAGCUCACAGAAAUGGAGGAGAAAUUCACACAGCAGCAGCGCGAGAUGAACCUGCAGGUGCAGCGUGUGAUCGAGCUGGAAGGAAUGUUACACGAGAAUCAGAUUGACACGCAGCAGAUGCGCGAGCUGGGAGGCAAGAACGACGAGCUACAGCAGCGACUGAGACAGUGGGAGAGAUGCUAUCGCGAAGAAAAGAUUCUUGCUGCGAAGGAGCAAAAGAUGCAGCAGGACGAGUUACUGUCACAGUUGGAGCGAUUGUUGGCUGUGUCAGAGGACGAAGUACGACGGAAAGAUGACGCUGAGGACGACCCUCUUGUGACGAGGAUCAAGGAGCUUGAAGCGGCGUGUAAGCAGAAGGACCAGGCAAUUUACUCGUUGAAGGCUGUGCUGGAGCAGCAGGAGACCGCGUUCGACGAGAAGUUGAAGAUCGUGACGGCCAAAUACGAUCAAGUCAAGAGUAUUAACAUGGCGUUGCAGAAACGACUCAUGUACGCAUUAACGGAGGGGGCUAGCAAGUCCUAA